GUUAAGGAUAUAAGAGAAAAAGUAAAAACAGCCAAGGAUUUCUGGCAUCUAUUACCAUAUACAUUAUGUAAUAAUGAAGAUAUGGCCGCAGGACCUGGUAAUGAAGAAGAUUGUUGGAAUGGACAAGACAGGGCUAGAUAUAUACCUGAUGUACAGAAGGAUGGUGUUUAUAAUCAGAUAAAUAAUCCAGAAGUAGAGGUUGAUGUAACUAGAGCUAAUAGUGUUGUUAGUAGACAAGUUAUACAAUUAAAACUUAUUACUAGUAGAUUACAUAAUGCUUAUAAUGGUCUAGAUGUUGAUUGGAUUGAUACA